GGUUUCGGCCGUCUAUAAAUACCCCUUCGUUACCACCCGAACGCUUUCCUGCGGCAGAGAGGCGGGGAGCGGACAGUGGGUGGAGAUCUCGAAGGAGUCUGCCUGCGAGCGGCCAUGGUGAAGUAUUCGAGAGAGCCCGCGAAUCCUACCAAGUCUGCCAAGGCCAUGGGCCAGGACUUGAGGGUUCACUUCAAGAAUACACGCGAGACUGCCCAUGCCCUUAGAAAGCUACCAUUAUCAAAGGCCAAAAGAUAUCUUGAAGAUGUAAUUGCUCACAAGCAGGCAAUUCCUUUUCGAAGGUUCUGUGGAGGUGUUGGGCGUACAGCUCAAGCCAAGAGCCGUCACCCAAAUGGGCAGGGACGUUGGCCUGCGAAAUCAGCUGGUUUCAUUUUGGAUCUGCUUAAGAAUGCAGAAAGUAAUGCUGAGGUGAAAGGGCUGGAUGUUGAUGCUCUCUACAUAUCACACAUCCAGGUGAACCAAGCUCCAAAGCAGAGACGUAGAACCUAUCGCGCUCAUGGACGAAUCAACCCUUACAUGUCCUCCCCAUGCCAUAUUGAAUUGAUUCUGUCAGAGAAGGAAGAGUCAGUCAAGAAGGAGCCGGAGACCCAAAUUGCUCCCAGCAAGCCCAAGAAAGGUCAAGCCCUUCGAAGUGGAGCCUCUUAAGCAAUAUUCUUGAGAAAGCUACGGAUUCCUUUUUCUUUAUUGUUGAACUAGAUGCCCGAUUAAUUGUCAUGAAAUAGUACUGUUACACUCAAAGAUUUUGUUGCUUUUUGUUCUGCUUCAUGAAUUUUUGUUUGCCCU